AUGUCCGCAGCCUGGCUCACCUCCCCGGUUCAACUGACAGGGAGUCGUGAGUUCACUUGCGAUGGUUUCACCACGGAACAAUGUGAAUACUACGUGCAUCGGUGGCAUUUUUGGUACAUUGCAGACCACGUCUACUCGCUGCCAACAAUAGCAUUUUUCAUGUGUUUAAUUGGAAUCUUCAUCAUUGGCCAUUUCAUAUCAUCGCAACUGCUGGGCUAUCGAAGGUUUCACGGCCCUCGUGCAUGGCAGAGAUUGAUCGCCGUGAUCCGAUAUUUAUCUUACCGUGGCUUCCACGUCAAGGCACUACGAUGGAAUUCGGCUCCCUUAGGAGUUCUAUUACUGGGUGCCGCAGGAACUGUAUUUUUCUUUUGCAUGGACCUCAUUCCUCAACCCUACUAUUGGCCAAGUCUUGAUUUUGGUGGUUCACCCCCACUGGCAACCAGGUCUGGCUGGAUGGCUCUGGCAUGCAUGCCGUUUAUCUUCGCGACCGCCACAAAGACGAAUUGGAUCACACUCCUCACAGGUGUUUCACAUGAGAAGCUUCAGGUGUUCCACCGAUGGAUCUCCUACGCAUUUUUCAUUCUUGCACUAUUGCACACAUUCCCGUUUAUCGUCUAUCAUAUAAGGUUCCAUGACAUGAUGAUGCAAGUGGAGAUGAGCCUCCUGUUCUACUGGACAGGCAUUGUCGCCAUCAUCUUCCAGACUUGGCUUACCUUUGCAUCUCACAGUGUUAUCCGGAAAUUUGGCUACGAAUUUUUCAAGGCGACGCACUUCUUCGCCGCUGUCAUGUUCGUUCUUAUCUUCUUUUGGCACUGCGAUUAUACUCUCACGUCUUGGCACUACUUCAUCGCGACGGCAGCCGUAUACGUACCUUGCUUCAUAUUCCCCAUGUUACGGACCUGCUUCGAGUACGGUCUCCGGCAAAGGGCUCAGGUCUCUGUGGAAGAAAAUGGCUUUAUACGCAUCACAAUUCCAGUGGACUUCACCUGGCGCCCUGGGCAGCACUGCUUCCUCCGCUUUACAAGCUUCGGUAUUUUACCAGCUCUCUCGGCGCAUCCUUUCACCAUAUGCUCUCUGCCAUCAAGGCAACUAGGUGUAAAGUCGCAGCUCAUCUUCUAUAUUCGUCAUCAAGGCGGCUUUACUGCCAAGGUGUACGACUAUGCUAUGAAGCACCCCAAUGCUAUGGUUCCUGUACUUAUUGAUGGUCCAUAUGGAGGCAUCAACAUGCAGUCAUAUUUCCAGAGCGACCAUCUUCUUGUGAUUGCAGGAGGCUCGGGCGUGUGUUGGACUUUGCCGUUCAUCGAGCAGUUUAUCACGUGCCGUUCGACGCCCAUUGAUGAGGAAUAUGGCCUGGCUGAAGAACGUGACAUUAAACAGGCAACAAGUGACAACGAGUCCCGUCGUGUUUGCAAGAUCUCUGUUCCCAGCUCGCUGCGACUGAUACUAGCGACCAAAGACAUUACCAGCCGAGCUUGGUAUAUUCGAGCUGUCAACAAGCUCCUGGCAGAGCACUCAAUGGCAAAUUCACUGCCCAAAAUUCAGAUACAGGUGCACCUGACUGGCGAGGCUAUAGAAGAAAUCCAUUCUUCGGAAGAGCAGUCCGCGUUGCCAGAAAAGUCCAACGGUGGAAGAAAACCAGCAGAAACCUCCACAUCAGUGGAGGAAUGCGAAGGCCGGCCACAGCUACCUAUUAUUAUUCAAGAAGUGGCAAGGGCCAUGGAAGUAGGUGAGUCGCUUGGCGUUUAUGUCUGCGGGCCAACAACUAUGCAAAAUGAUGCUCGCAAUGCUGUUGCAGAUGUGAACUUGAACAUCCUUCAAGGUUCAAAGUCUGGAGGCGCUUAUCUACAUUGCGAGCACUUCUCAUGGGCAUAG